AUGGAAGAAGGGGUCAAAGUGUGGGCGAAGGGCGGGCCCCAGCUGUGGCGCAAGGGGGUGGUGAGCAAGCGCGUGCCCGACAGAACGGGCGGCAGCAGCAUCGCACGGAUCACGGUCGUGCUGGAGGAGGGGGGAACGGCGGAGUUCGCCGUGGCGGCGGACGAAGAGGAGGAGUGCACGGACGUCAAGCUUCGGAACGUGACCGGACAGGCCUCCACGCUGGAGGGGGCGGGAGUGGAAGAUCUCACCUCCCUCACCUACCUGCACGAGCCCACCAUCCUCUACUCGCUGAGCCAGCGCUACGAGUCGGACCUGAUCUACACCGGCGUCGGCCCAAUCCUCCUCGCGGUGAACCCCUUCAAGAGGGUCAAGCUGUACUCGGACGACAUUUUGGCGGCCUACCGCAAGGACGGCGAGCUGCGGCACUACGACCCGAACUACGAUGAGACGCUGGCCCCUCAUGUGUACGCUAUCGCUGACAAGGCGUACCGCAACAUGACCGCCCCUUCCAACGAGUACGAGCACCGGUCUCAGUCCAUCCUGGUGAGUGGCGAAUCCGGGGCGGGAAAGACGGAGACAUGCAAGAUCAUCAUGAAGUAUCUGGCCAUUCUCGGCAGCAAGACGGGGUCGACCGAGCUGGGCACGAUCGAGCAGCAGGUGCUUGAGUCCAACCCCAUCCUCGAGGCGUUCGGUAACGCCAGGACUGUCCGCAACGACAACUCCAGCCGUUUCGGAAAGUACAUCCAGGGGAUGUGUCGCUUGGCUGUGCUGGAGAUCGUUGAUGUGGACGGCCAUGCGUUAGCAGCCUCUCACGCGGCUUUCGACGUCGACAUUAACACGAUCAUCUUCGACAGCUACGGCAAGCUAACCGGGGCGCAGAUCAAGACCUUCCUCCUCGAGAAGGUGCGGGUGGUGAAGCACUCGGCGAUGGAGCGCAACUACCACAUCUUCUACAUGCUGGCGGCGGGGGCUUCCCCAGAGCAGCGCGAGGGCUGGGCGAUGGGCGACCUCAGGAGCCACCAGUUCACGUCGCAGUCGGGCUGCUACGACCGCCGCGACGGGGUGCUGGACUCGGAGCUUUACCAGGAGCUGAUGGAGGCGUUCAAGGUCAUGGGUUUCGAGGAGGAAGAGAAGGCCAGCGUAUUCCGCAUGGUGGCCGCCGUGCUCGCCCUCGGGGACGUGGACUUCGUCGAUCGGCCGGACGCCGGGGACGGCGAAGCGCUGACGGCUCUGUCGGAGCCGAGCCGUCCGCGCCUCGAGGCGGCCGCCCGCCUGCUGGACGUUAGCCCCGACCGGAUACUGAACGCUCUGACCAGCCGCAAGAUCAACGCGGGCAUCAGUAACCAGGUGACGAUCUUCCUGACGAUGGAGCAGUCGAGGCACGCGAGGGACGCCCUGGCGAAGGCGGUGUACGCGGCCAUGUUCGAGUGGGUGGUGGGGAGAACGAACGAGUGCAUCGAGGCCAAGCAGGCGGAGGUGAUGACGGAGGACCGCAUCUUCAUUGGGCUGCUCGACAUCUUCGGUUUCGAGAUCUUCACGAACAACUACUUCGAGCAGUUCUUGAUCAACUACGCGAACGAGGUGCUGCAGCAACAAUUCAAUAACUUCGUCUUCCGCCAGGAGCAGGAGGAAUACGAACGGGAGAAGAUCCAGUGGACCUUCAUCGAGUUCCCGGACAACAAGGACUGCAUCGAUCUCAUCGACAGGAAGCCGAACGGAAUCAUCCCCACCCUGGACGAACAGUGCCUCCUGGGCAGGUCGACCGACGACCGCUUCGCCCGCGAGAUGUACAAGAAGUGCGAGGGUCACGACCGCUUCGAGCUGGCGCCCAAGAUGCGGGUAGACCACCAGUUCUGCGUUCGUCACUACGCGGGCAAGGUGGUGUACAGCACCGAGGGAAUCAUCGACAAGAACCGCGACACCUUGCAGCAGGAGGGGGUUGACAUGCUGCUGUCGUCUGGGUCGGAGUUCACGGUCCUCAUGGGCGAGAUCGAGGCCAAGUCUACCAAGGGCAAGCCUCGCAGGUCGGAAAGCGGCGGCGUCCCCGGGACGGCAGGGGCCUCAAGCGCCGGCGGUGGAGGGGGUGGAGGCAGCGGCGGCGGCCGGCGUGUCGGCAGGCGCACGACCAUCGGCGCCAAGUCUCUCGGCGCACAGUUCCGGGAAAACCUGAACAACCUCGUGGCCACAGUGGACAAGACGCACCCCCACUACGUGCGGACGAUCAAGCCGAACGACGACCUGCAGCCCGGCAACUUCACCUACGACCGCAUCGCGGAGCAGCUGCGCAACGCGGGCGUGCUGGAGGUGGUGAGGGUGGCCCGCGCCGGGUUCCCCGUCCGCCUGGGCAUCCAGGAGUUUAUCGACCGCUACGGGGUGCUCGCCCCGCUGGUGGUCGAGACGGCCUACAGGAAUUGCGCUCAGGACGGCGGAGAGAUCGAUCAGGAGUCGGAGCGUGCGGUGUGCAAAGCCCUGGUGGUGUCGAUCGUGGCCAAGGUGACGAAGGGGAGGGCGAACGCGUCAACGGAGGAGCAAUUCAUGGCGCUGUGCCGCGACGUGGGGAUGCAGAUGGGGCUCACGAAGGUCUUCUUCCAGCAGAAGGCGUUCAACAGCAUAGAGAGGCUCAGGACGGCCAUGAUCUCAAACUCCAUCACCAAGAUCCAGACGACUCUCCGCUGCUGGCUGGCCCGCAAGAAGUUCCUCCGGGACAGGAAGGCGGCCGUGUCGGUGCAGGCGUGGGUCAGGGGGGAGCAGGUCCGCGCGACGGUGGGGCGAGAGAUGCAGGAGCUGGUGCGGAAGCGCAAGGAGAAGGAGGCGCAGGAGGCGGAGGCGGCCAGGCUGGUGGCCCAGGAGAAGCAGAAGCACCUCGAGGAGCAGGCGCUAUCCGUCAGGCUCGCGGAGCUGAGGGUCCAGAUGCAGGACGAGAUCGACUCCGUCAAGGCCGAGCUGAAGAAGGCCAAGUCAACCGUCAAGGCCUUGCAGGGGCUGAACGGACGCAAGGUUGCCGUGACCGGCGCCCUUCGCGGGUGCGGGCCGGCCAUCGUGAAGCGCUUGCUCCAGGAGGGCGCGGCCGUCAUCGCCGCCGACAGAGGCAUGUCCAACGAGCAGGCAACGGCGGCCGGCCUCCGGCCGGCAGAUGACGGGGACGGGGCGAGCGCGGCCGCUACUACCCCCGAGGCUGAUGCCCUGGCGGAAGGCCGCCUGGUGUUCUUCGACAUGGGAGGGCCGGGAGACGAGGACGGGGCGUGCCGGCUGUCCUCGCUGUGCGUGGAGUCGUUUGGAGGGAUGGACGGUCUCGUGUGCAACACGUCGGCGCCGGCGAUGCUGGUCGGGGACGAGGCGGGGGGAGCGCUCCCGAACGGCGGAAGCUUCGGCGCCGGCUCCGCCGGCGGCGACGGGAUCGUGAACCCGCUCGAAGACCUGGAGCCGUCCGACUGGGCCGACGCGUUGACCGGAGCCCUGACAGAACCCAUGCUGGCGGUGAAGCACGCGCUGCCGCUGCUGCAGGCGGCGUGCGCCAAGGGCAAGGUUUCUGCCGGGGGCAUCGUUAACGUGGUGUGCACGAGCUUGCCCGCGUCCGGGCCGGGGCUGGCGGCGGUGUCUGGGGCGGGGGCGAUCUCGAACCGCGAGACUCUGACGGCCGCGGCCGGGGGCCUCGCCGGGCUGACGCACGCCCUGGCCUUGAGCUCCGGCCCUCACGUGCGCGUGAACGCGGUCAGCGUGCCGGAGGGCAGCGGCAGGCCGGCCGCCGGAAUGACGGCGACGGCGCGCGGCGGGCGCGUGGGCAAGGACGCGGCGUCGGCCGUGACGUUCUUGCUGUCGAACCGCGCCGGCUCGGUGACAGGGCAAAAUCUUGUGGUGGAUGACGGUUAA